AUGAUACGAAGUGACUUGAACGGGGCAACUUAUGAAAAGCAACCAGUCACAUUACUGCCUUCCACAGUUGUGUACCUAACUUUGGAUUUGGAAGGACUGCAUGAAAUCUGCGUGGCAUUGAUGCGAUUAAGGCUGUGUUAUAGCUGUGCUCAUUUGGCAUUCACAGGCAAUUACUGUCAUAAAAAGUAUUUUGCAAACAACUCUCGGCCGGUAAGGUCAAUUUGUAUUCACUUGACAGAAGCUACAACGCGAACGAUCUCCGCUGAUAAACUCGAGAACACAGUUAAAGGUACAAGUAUUUGCAACAGACUGAGAUAUAACAACAUUAAAUGCUAUACAUCCGGUGAAUCCCCCAAAAUCUGAUAUUUGUGAGCAGUAUAUUUCCUAGCGCAUACGUGAGUGAUUUAUUUUCAUGUGAAUUAAUUCUAAUCUACGUAUAUGCUAAAUAGGAAGCAUGUAUAUAUUUAUUUGAUGCAUAUUGAUAAGUUUUUUGUUACAU